CGCGUUCACACCUCGCCAUCGAUCGGCCUCGUCGCAUCACGCCGUAUUUAUAUCGUUCCCCAUUUCACACCAGUCUGCUCGCCUCCACCUACGAAUCACAGGACGCUCAUUUCUCUCGUUUCGUUUCCUCUUCAAUCGCUGACCCGCACCCACCACCGCACCGCACCAAUCGCCGACCCGCGCGCACCCGGCCAGCGUUACUAGCUAGCGUGACGUAUAUGAGAUCCCCAUCCGGCGCCCGUCCCAGCAGCGGAGGGGGCGCAGCAGCAGACGACGACUUCGCCUUCUACUACUCUUUCUUCCAGGACGCCGCCGCCGCGUCGCCGCUCCCACUCGCGCUCGACGGAGCCGCCAUGCCUAACAACCGCCGGAGGAAGCGCGGAGGGGACGACGACUCCGCCGCGGAGCCCAUCAAGGACGGUAGCAACAACGGAAGGAAGCGCUCCAUCGCCACCAUAAUAACUUCGCUCGCCGCGCUCGAGGCCGAGGACCACGCCGACAGCGCGGGGGCCGCCGACGCCUCCCGCCGUGAGCUCGCGCUCCUCGAGUCCAACGCCGACAACAAGUCGCAGGCCAUGAUGGACUACUUCGCCAAGAUGGAGGGCAGCUUUGAUGCCGACGCCGACUCCGAGGCCGCUGAAGCGCGCAGCGGCCUCUCGGCGUCGGCAGCGGCAGUGGCCGUCGUGGCUGCCGAGGAGGCCGCCACUAAUACCGCCGCGUCGGCCUCGCCGCCGCGUGCAGGCCACCACCAACGUCGCCUGUGGGUCAAGGACCGGUCGCAGGCGUGGUGGGACCAGUGCAAUAGCCCCGACUUCCCGGAGGCAGAGUUUCGGCGCGCCUUCAGGAUGGGCCGGGAGACGUUCGACAUGAUCUGCGAGGCGCUCGGCUCCGCGGUGGCCAAGGAGGACACCAUGCUUCGCGCGGCCAUCCCCGUGCGCCAGCGCGUCGCCGUCUGCAUCUGGCGCCUCGCCACCGGUGAGCCGCUCCGCCUCGUCUCCAAGCGCUUCGGCCUCGGCAUCUCCACAUGCCACAAGCUCGUUCUCGAGGUCUGCGGUGCCAUCAAGUCCGUCCUCAUGCCGCGCUUCCUCCAGUGGCCCGACGAGGCCGCCGCCGGCAGAUUCAAGGAGGGCUUCGAGAGAUCCUUCGGUGUUCCGGGGGUCAUCGGAGCCAUGUACACCACGCACAUCCCUAUCAUCGCGCCCAAGAUCUCCGUUGCCGCCUACUUCAACCGUCGGCACACGGAGCGCAAUCAGAAGACAUCCUACUCCAUCACGCUCCAGGGGGUGGUCGGCCCUGACCGCGCCUUCACCGACGUCUGCAUCGGUUGGCCGGGCUCCAUGCCGGACGAUCAGGUGCUCGAGAAAUCCAUGCUGCACCAGCGCGCCGCGGCGGGUAUGAUGCACGACGCCUGCCUCGUCGGCGGCGCAAGCUACCCGCUCAUGGACUGGGUGCUCGUGCCGUACACGCACCAGAACCUGACAUGGACGCAGCACGCCUUCAACGAGAAGGUCGGCGACAUCCGCAACGUGGCCGUGGAGGCGUUCGCCCGGCUCAAGACGCGGUGGGCAUGCCUCCAGAAGCGCACGGAGGUGAAGCUCCAGGACCUCCCCGUGGUGCUGGGCGCCUGCUGCGUCCUGCACAACAUCUGCGAGAUGCGCCGCGAGGAGCUCGAGCCGGAGGUCCCGUUUGCGCUUUUCGACGACGCUACCACGCCGGAGACCCCUGUUCGCUCCGAGACCGCCAAGCAGGAGAGGGACAGCAUCGCGCACAACCUCCUCCACCGCGGUUUCGCCGGCACCACAUUUUUCUGAUCAAAUCACCUCCUGGCCCUCUCCUUGGCUUGGGUACAGAUAAAUUAAACAUGCACCGAAUUCUUUUAGCCGCUAGGAUAGAACAUUUUGUUAGGAUUUGUACACAACGUUCAGAGAAACUGGAAAUUCAUGUAAACAUUCUGUGGAAAAUUUCGGCAGUAGCUGCUGUCGGUUACUCGGUUUAUUGUUUAAAGAUAUAUAUACAAUUUAAUUUACAAAA